AUGAAGUUGAACAUCAGCUACCCUGCCAAUGGCAGCCAGAAGCUCAUCGACAUCGAAGAUGAGCGCAAGCUCGCCGUCUUCAUGGAGAAGCGCAUGGGCGCUGAGGUCCCUGGUGACUCCGUCGGCGACGAGUUCAAGGGCUACAUCUUCCGCAUCACCGGCGGCAACGACAAGCAGGGUUUCCCCAUGAAGCAGGGUGUCAUGCACCCCAGCCGUGUCCGCCUCCUGCUCGCCGAUGGCCACUCCUGCUACCGCCCCCGCCGCACCGGCGAGCGCAAGCGCAAGUCUGUCCGCGGCUGCAUCGUCGGCAUGGACCUGUCCGUCCUCGCCCUCAGCAUCGUCAAGCAGGGCGACAGCGACAUCCCCGGCCUGACCGACGUCGUCCACCCCAAGCGCCUCGGCCCCAAGCGCGCCACCAAGAUCCGCAAGUUCUUCGGCCUCACCAAGGAUGACGAUGUCCGCAAGUACGUCAUCCGACGAGAGGUCCAGCCCAAGGGUGAGGGCAAGAAGCCUUACACCAAGGCCCCCAAGAUCCAGAGGCUGGUCACCCCCCAGCGUCUGCAGCACAAGCGCCACCGCGCCGCUCUCAAGAGACGCCAGGCCGAGAAGGUCAAGGACGAGGCCAACGAGUACGCCCAGAUCCUGGCCAAGCGCGUCGCCGAGGCCAAGGCCCACAAGGCCGACGUCCGCAAGCGACGGGCGAGCUCCAUGCGCAAGUAA